AAGCGAAUCCCUUUCACUGAGGAGACACAGGUUGUAAAUACUCGGUUUGAAAUCGUCUGCGAGUUUCUUAUUGGCUCCCUUCGCCUCCAGGCGGCACUGCCCUUUCCUAUUGGUCACUGAUAGUCUCUUUCUAUUGGUCUCUGGUUUCCCGGGUUACUUCACACCCACGUUCUACGGGCUCUGACUUGGGUCAGCAGGUCGGGAUUUCCUCCAGCCCCUCCAACCUCUGAUCACUUUUCAAGACAGGAAUCUUGUCGUUUGCAGCCUCUGCAUCCUCUGACACAAACUCCAUUUGCUGAGUGACUGUAAAACCGGUGAAAGGCGACUUAAGCCUCCCUAAAACCGGAGUUCACUAGUGCGCAGCUAUGUCCGGCAGGACGCCGAGCGUGGGGAGUGGACGCCGGACUGCAGAGAGCCUGCCGAGCCCGGAGAGAGCAGACGUGCUGCCUGGAGGACCAGGAUCAGGCUGGCCACCCGGCCCUCCACGCGGCUACGUAUGCGCCUGCGCAGUGAUCGACUACUCGGGGCUCGGCUUGUCGGGGCGGGCGCGUCAUCGCGGAAGUGGCCGUCGGCCGUUGUGGUUGCUGUUGUGUCUGGGCUCGCAGGGGUUCUGCCGCCGACAUGGCCAGUCCCGACCCCCGUUAUCCCUGCUCCUCCAUCGAGGAUGACUUCAACUACGGCAGCUCUGUGGCCUCCGCCAGCGUGCACGUCCGCAUGGCCUUUCUAAGGAAAGUCUACAGCAUCCUUUCUCUGCAAGUUCUCUUAACUACAAUGACUUCUACAGUGUUUUUAUACUUCGAGUCCAUACGGGCAUUUGUACAUGAAAGUCCUGCCUUAAUUUUGCUGUUUGCCUUUGGCUCUUUGGGCUCCAUUUUUGCAUUGACUUUAAACAGACAUAAGCAUCCCCUUAACCUGUACCUGCUCUUUGGAUUUACGCUGUCGGAAGCCCUGACUGUGGCUGUUGUUGUUACUUUCUAUGAUGUCUAUAUUAUUCUGCAAGCUUUUAUACUGACUACAGCAGUAUUCCUUGGUUUGACUGCAUAUACUCUACAAUCUAAGAGAGAUUUUAGCAAAUUUGGAGCAGGUCUGUUUGCUGGUUUGUGGAUUUUAUGCUUGUCAGGAUUCUUGAAGCUAUUUUUUUAUAAUGAAACAAUGGAGUUGGUCUUGGCUGCUGCGGGAGCCCUUCUUUUCUGUGGGUUCAUCAUCUAUGACACACAUUCACUGAUGCAUAAACUGUCACCUGAAGAGUACGUGCUGGCUGCCAUCAGCCUCUACUUGGAUAUCAUCAAUCUAUUCCUGCACCUGCUGCGGUUUCUGGAAGCAGUUAAUAAAAAGUAAUUGAAAACAGUACAUAGAAACUGUUUCAUUAAACAAUAAAGUCUGAAAUAUAAUGAAUUCUUUCUUUGA